AUGCUUGCAUCAUCAAGAACGGUGCUGCGCCAGGCGGCGAACAGGCAGCUGUCACUCAAGACCAGCGUCCGAGCUGUCUCCGUUUGGUCGCAGAUACCCCAGGGCCCUCCACUUACCCUCCCGUCUCAGGCCAUCCUGGGUAUCACCGAAGCUUUCAAGGCCGACAGCAACCCAAAGAAGAUCAACUUGGGCGUUGGCGCUUACCGUGAUGACAAGGGCAAGCCCUACGUCCUUCCAUCCGUAAGGCAAGCUGAGAAGAAGAUCCUCGACUCAUCGCUAGACAAGGAGUACGCCGGCAUCACUGGGGUCCCCAACUUCACCAAGGCUGCUCUCAGACUCGCAUACGGCGAAGACUCUACUCCCCUCAAGAACGACUGCAUCGCCGUUACCCAGAGUAUCUCUGGUACUGGUGCCCUCCGCAUUGGUGGUGCCUUCUUCGAGCGCCACUACCCCGGUGCUAAGACCAUCUACAUCCCCACCCCGUCAUGGGCCAACCACAAUGCUGUCUUCAAGGACUCGGGCUUGAAGGUGGAGAAGUACCGCUACUACAACAAGGACACUAUUGGUCUUGACUUUGAUGGUAUGGUUGCCGACAUCAAGGCUAUGCCCAAGAACAGCAUUGUCCUGCUCCACGCUUGUGCCCACAACCCCACUGGUGUCGACCCUACCGAGGAGCAGUGGGUCAAGAUUGCUGAGGCUGUCAAGGCCGGCGACCACUUCCCCUUCUUCGACAUGGCCUACCAGGGCUUUGCCAGUGGUGACACCUCCAAGGACGCCUUUGCGCUCCGUCACUUCAUCAAGGAGGGUCUCCGCCCUGUUUUGGCUCAGUCCUUUGCCAAGAACAUGGGUCUGUACGGUGAGCGUGUUGGUGCCUUUUCCAUUGUCUGCGAGUCUGCGGAAGAGAAGAAGCGUGUCGACUCUCAGAUCAAGAUCCUCGUCCGCCCCUUGUACUCUAACCCACCAGUCCACGGCGCUCGCAUUGCCUCUGAGAUCCUUAACGACUCGUCACUUAACCAGCAAUGGCUUGGCGAAGUCAAGGGCAUGGCUGACCGCAUCAUCACCAUGCGUGCGCUUCUCAAGGAGAACCUGGAGAAGUUGGGAAGCAAGCACGACUGGAGCCACAUCACUUCGCAGAUUGGCAUGUUCGCCUACACUGGCCUGACUGCAGAGCAGAUGGACAAGUUGGCCAAGGAGCACUCGGUCUAUGCCACCAAGGACGGCCGUAUCUCGGUCGCUGGAAUUACUACGGAAAAUGUUGGACGCCUUGCCGAGGCCAUCUACAAGGUCAAGGGUUAAGCAGGUCACAACACUGUCCCACUCUCUUUCCUGGUGGAACCUUGGCAUGGCAAGCAACUGCAUUGUAUCAUACGGGUAGCAUCGGCGGUUAGGUUAGACAGUGUCCAUGUUUAGGAGAAAUGAAGCCUCUAUUCAAUCCUCU